GAAGUAUAAAGGAGAGGAUCUGGCUCAGUGGCAAAGCUGGGGCUGGAAUACAGAUUUGCUGCAUGGUUUGCCUGUUUGUCCUGUCAAAGCCUAGCAUGGACAAAGCAGCUGAACUCACAUGGCAGCUGGAGGAUGCACCUUACAAAGCAGGACAGCAAGAGCAAAGCCCUGAUGAUGGAGACACGGCAGAGGAGCAGGAGAAGACUGCACACAGCAAGGACAAGCUGCCCCAGAGCCAUACCCUCCAGUGGGAGACUCUAGGCAAACAAUUUGUAGAGUAUGAGCAGGUGGCUCCAUUUCUUGUCCCAGAGGAUCAACAGAGAAGUCUGCUGGACUUUCUUCCCCUCUUCUUAAAGGCCUGGGAACAGUCUGCUGGAGUUGUCGUAUUCCCCAACAUUCAGCUGUUAGCCAGUGAGGUUUCCAAGCUUCUGACCAAAGAAAUUAAGAGGACCCUCAAUGGCAAACCUGCAGAAGAAGCUCGUCUGGCUUUGGAGCAAUUCCUGCUACAGAAAGUGGAAGCAGAAGAUGGCCAUUUGCUGCUGAAAUCAGUGUAUCUGCUCUCACAGACUGACUUGAGAACUUUGUGGAACAUCAUUGGAUCUGGACUUCCAGCUGCUCUGAUGCAGUGCCUGUACCUUUUCUUCACUUUUCCUCUGAAGAAAACCAGUGAUGAUGGAGAGACAAGUGAGGAUGACACCCAAACUCAGGAAAUGCUUGUUGAGAUAAUGCUUAAAAUGUACAAAGAGGAACAAGGUGUAGAGGAACUUCUGGCAGCUGAUAAGCUUCAGUCAUUAAUUAUAGCAACUGCUUCUCUCUGGGACCAGUGCAGUCAGUCGUGGAAAGUACCUACAGGCCGUGUUCUGAGAACAAUUUCAAAGGCUCAGACCAAAACCAGCAUCAUGUACCUACAAGCUGUGGACUGCAUUAAAAUAGCUGUUCAGAAUCUCUUUAAACUGGCUGAUACUCUACCUGCUUCUGAUGUGUGUGAAGCUGCUAGUAUUGUCUUGUGCUUUGUGAAAGAUUCUUAUCCCGUAUCAUCAGCUUUAUUAACAGAAUUUGAAAGUAAUGAUGGCUACCAACUCCUGCUAAAAAUUUUACUCAGAUGUGAGGGGUUGCAUCAAAAUGAAGGAGACCCUUAUUUGGAUGAGAUCGUGGACAUGCUGACUUGCCUUACAACUUGUGGAAAAACUGAACUGAAAGUUUCUGGCAAUAUUGUACACCCACAAUUACCACACUUUGAUUUGGAAUGGACACGGUCUUCUGGAAUGACAGUGAAAAACCUCCAGGCUUUUCAGGUGUUGCAGUCCAUUUUCCAGAAAAGUAAUGAUCAGCACCUGUGUGGAAGAAUCUUGGCAGCAAUUGGUACCAUAUGGGCUUGGGACAGAGUGAACUUCUUUCUUCUGGAAUGGACACUGCAACCUAUCAACCAAUUUACUGACAUAAUCCAUUUCAAACCAUACCCAGUCCAAGUCCAGUUCUUCAGACUGGUGGAGUCCAUAGUCCUAGACCUGUCCUAUGUCCCGCAUGAAAUUUUGAAGAAGGUUCAGUAUUUGAUAAAGGAAAACAUAGUACCAUUCUGCACCUUAACAGCUCUCCAGUGUCUUCUCAGCAUGACCCAGAAGGACCUGUUAUUCAGCGAUAUAUUCCGUGACUCUGGGCUCUUAGGCCUGCUGCUGGCACUUUUGAGGAAGCAAGCCAAGAUCCUGAGGAAGUCAGCUGGAACUGAUCUACCUGGUCUGGAAGAAGGCACUGAGAAGGAAUUAAAUGCUGUGAUGCUGAAGAUGGUGGCUGCCCUUACAGCGAGGUCCGUGAGGAACACAGUUGUUCUGAAGGACUAUGGAAUGGUGCCAUAUAUCAAGAUAUUUUUGGAUGAUGAGUGCUACAGGAGUGCUACUCUCAGUAUCUUGGAGCAGCUAUCAGUCAUCAAUUAUGAAGAAUAUAUGAGCAUUAUUAUUGGGGCCCUCUGUUCUUCUACUCAAGGGGAACUGUCACUGAAACUAGAUCUGCUGAAGUCACUCUUGAGGAUACUGGAGAGUCUCAAGAGCCAUUCAGCUUUCAGAACCUGCAGUGGAUUCAAUGCGCUCCUGUCCCUCCUCUCAGAUAUGGAAGGUGCACUGCAGGACCCUCCAUCUGGGCUGUGGGCAGCAUUUGGACAGAAUUGCAUAUUGGAGCUUGUUUUCUACACACUUCAGGUGGUAACAGCUGCCCUGCACCUAGACCCUGUCAACAGCAAUUUCUUCCAGAGGAGUGGUCUCUUUGAAAAGAUGGCAGAGGAUCUCGGAUCACUUGGAUGCUUCUGGACACAAGGGGAAUGGCAAGGGGAAUGGCAAAUUCCUCUGAGCCUUGAGAAGAAAAGGACGUUUGCAGAAUUUUUGGAUGCAGCUUUCUGUUCUUCAGAACCUUUCCCAAUGUGGCUAAAGAACUGCAUAUGGAUACUGAAUUUUCUUGAUCUCAUGAUAAAAGGAACCCUCCAUCAGGAGAGCUACUUCAAGGAGAGAAAGCCAGAGAUGGGAGAAACAUCAAGAGGUGAUCAGGAGGGACCCCAAACCCAGGAAGACCAUCCUGUUGCUUUCAAAAUAUCAGGCAACAAAUUACCUGCCUCUGCCUAUAGGCUAUGGGGAAACCCUGAGAACUUGGAAAUGAGAGACUGCACCAUUGUACAUCCAGGUGCUGUCUGUGUCAUGGUGAGGUUGCUGCCAAAGCUGUACAAAGAAGGACACGCUCAGCUUUCACAGGAAAUCCAAUAUGCUGUGGUUGAUCAUAUCCAGUCCCUGGUGAAGUCAGAAAAGAGUCGUCAGGUGAUGUGUGAAUCUGGAUUGCUGAGCACCAUCAUAACUUCCUGUCAGGAUGCCUUCCACAAUGAGAGUCAUCCGCUGCAUCUGCCCCUCACUAGAGUGUUUGAGAAGCUUGCAUCACAGGCUAUUGAACCAGAUGUGUUAAGGCAAUUCCUUCGGCUGGGAGGUUCUCCAAUACUACCUUCCAGGCACAGCACAAACAAGACCAACGUCCUUUCAGCUAAUGCAGGUUCAGAAGAGGACACAAUGGGCAAUAAAACUGAUCCUCAGACAGUUGUGCCUGUCAGCAACUCUCCUUGGGUGUCUAAGGGGUCUGCACUUGCACUCCAGACUGCAAUGAGUCUCAUCUCCAUGACAUCACCUCGAAACUUCCAGCUACACAGCACUGCUUUGGCUCCAUCGUUUGUGGAGUUUGACAUGUCCAUGGAAGGCUAUGGGUGUUUAUACCUCCCUACCUUGGCCACUGUUAUGGGACCCAGUGCAGACCAAUCUGUCUCAGGAGGAAUUGGCAUGGGCACCAGAAUGUUCCCUCCCUCAAGUGGCCUGACACUCUCCUGCUGGUUUCUGAUUAGCAAGUUUGGGUUGGUGCACAACAAUCACCCAGUCCGUUUCCUUACGGUCGUGAGGCACGUGUCAAGAACGGAGCAAGAAUUUGUUUGCUUUUCUGUAAGCUUCUUCCCACAGGACCUUUCUUUGGUCAUUUCCACAGAAGAAGUGGAAUUCCAGCCACUUGAUAUUAUGGAACCUGAGGGUGAGGUCCUAAAUCCCUCCCCAUUUCCAGGGCAAGUCCAGUUUGGCUGUGGUAAACUGCUGGCCACUGGUCAGUGGCAUCAUCUCACAGUGACAGUUGCUAAAGAAGCAAAGAAGACCUGCAUUGUGUCAGCUCAUAUAAAUGGUCAGAUGCUUGGCUGUGCAAAGAUGCAGUAUCUCCAGCCCUUACCAGGUAGCUGCAUUUCCAUGGAACCCUCUUCCUUUAUUGAUGUCUAUGGGUACAUAGCUACUCCUCGAAUUUGGAAACAGAAGUCCUCCUUGACCUGGCGCCUGGGCCCUACAUACUUGUUUGAAGAAGCCAUUUCUGUGGAAACCAUGGAGGUGAUUAUUAAACUUGGCCCGCAGUAUUGUAGCAAUUUCCAAGCAGUACAGCUUCAAGGUGAGGACCAGUACAGUGAUACUGCACCUCUGGUGGCAGAAGAGAAGAUUUCUUUUGGAAUCAAUGCUGUGUGCUCAACCCUUACUACAGCUCAAGAUAUAAAGAGCUCCUACAAUGAAGUGGAUGGCCGGCUGAUUGCCAAAGAGAUUGGGAUUAAUUCUCGGGACAGUUCAACUCCAAUAUUCCUAGCAAAGAAUAUUGCUGGACACCUCUCGGGUUCCUUGCGGACUAUUGGGUCAGUUGCUGUGGGCCAAUAUGGGGUAAGAAUGUUCCAGUCCUCUCCAGCAGCUACCAGCCUGAACUUUAUUGGAGGCCCUGCCAUUCUCCUGGGUCUCAUUGCUAUGGCCCGUGAUGACCACACCAUGUAUGCAGCUGUCAAAGUCCUGAACUCCAUCCUGAACAGUAGCCCACUAAGUGAAAAACUGAUGAGGCACAUGCAUGGAUACCAGUUGCUGACCUAUCUGUUGAAAAGGAAGACAAAGCUGUUAAACAAUAGGAUUUUACAGUUAAUGUUCUCCCUAGUGGGCACAGCUGAGCUUGGCUUUGAGUCUUCGGUCAUCAAAAAUUAUAGUGCAUUCCAGUAUGUUCUCUGCAACUUUGAGCUUUGGAUGAAAGCACCAGAAAAUCUUGACCUUGUUCUUCUUUCCCAUCUUGUGGAGAUCUUGCAGUCUUCCAGAGAUGGACGUCAGAAUGUUGCAGUUGCCUACCAGGUGCAAAUGGUGCCCAAGCUUGUUUUCCUUUUCAAUGAUCCUGAAAUAAGUAAUUCCAAGAUCACUGUGGCCUGCACUAUUCUCUCCCAUCUGUUGCAAGGAUACUUUAAUACACGGGAUGUUCUCAGGAUUGGAUUGUUCCUUGUUUAUACCUUGAAACCUUCUUCUGUGGAUGAAAAUCAGCUUUUCCUGGAUAGUGUGGCUGAGAUGCCCAGUGAAGCCUUAAGCCAAACAUCUGGAAAGACAAUCUGGCUUCGAAACCAGUUACUGAAGAUGCUGUUAGAUGUAAUGCACUCAGACAAACUUCAUCUGUCCUCCGAGUAA